AUGUCUGCCGUCGACGCCCUGACUGACAGCAUGGCUGCUACCGCCAUCGCUGAGACUCCCGCCACCAACGGCACCGCGCCUGCCGCCCCGGCCACUGACGCUGCAGUUGCCAGUGCCGAUGAGGGCCGUCGUCUUUACAUUGGAAACCUCGCCUAUGCCACCACCGAGGACGAGUUGAAGGAUUUCUUCAAGGCAUACACCAUCGAGAGCACCUCGAUCCCGGUGAACCCCCGUACCAACCGCCCCGUUGGAUACGCAUUCGUAGACCUCGCCACUGCCAGCGACGCCACCGCAGCUAUUGAGAGCCUGUCCGGCAAGGAGAUCCUGGCGCGCAAGGUGUCUGUCCAGCUGGCCCGCAAGCCUGAGGCUGCUGAGGCCAAGGAGGGUGCUGCCAGUGGCGGCGAGGGUGCCAGCGGCACUGAGGGUCGCAAGCGCACUGGUGGCCGGGGUCGGGGCCGUGGUCGCGCUCGUGGCCGUGGUGGUCGCGCUGCUCGCGGUCGUGGUGCUCAGGAGGGCCAGGAAACCGCCGAUGCCACUGCUACCGAGCAGGCUCCUCUGGCUGAGACUACCAAUGAGACCGAGACUGCUGGUGAUGAGGGAGCCAAGCAGCAGGGCAAGCCCCGCGGCGCGCGUACCCAGAAGCAGCGUGGUCCCCCCGAGGACGGUAUUCCCUCCAAGACUAAGGUCAUGGUCGCUAACCUGCCUUACGACCUGACUGAAGACAAGCUCAAGGAGAUCUUCUCCGCCUACGAGCCCGUUGGUGCCAAGGUUGCCUUGCGCCCCAUCCCCCGCUUCAUGAUCAAGAAGCUCCAGGCCCGCAACGAGCGUCGCAAGACCCGCGGCUUCGGUUUCGUCAGCCUUGCUACUGAGGAACUCCAGGCCAAGGCCGUCAGCGAGAUGAACGGCAAGGAGAUUGACGGUCGCACCAUUGCCGUCAAGGUCGCCAUCGAUAGCCCCGGAAAGGAGGACGACGAUGUCACCGAGGAUGUCACCGAGGAGACCCCCGCCCCGACUGAGGAGAAUGCCACUCCCGCCGAGACCCCCGCCGAGGCUUAA